ACCGUCUGCAUUAUAUUUUCUGUGGUCUGUUUACUAUUUCAUAAAUAAUAAUAAAUAUUGGACAAUAUAAAAACGUUACAAUGCUUAAACUAAUUAAAUUAAAUUAUGUUCGUAGCUGUGUUCAAAUACCAAAUAAUUCAUAUGCAUCACCUAGUGGAAUUAUUUCAUUGGGAAAAUCUAAAAAAAAACUGGGCAAAGGAGGUCCAGUUUUAGAAAAAUCUGAAAUUCCUGUUGAAACAGAUGCCAAAAAAUUAGUCAAUUUUGUAUGCGGAAGCAAUACAUUGAAAGAAGGACAAGAUAUAGAAUUAAAACCUGACUCAGAAUAUCCAGAUUGGCUUUGGAAUUUGAAUAUAGAUGGACCAGUACCGUUACAAAAAUUGGAUCCUAAUACAAAACAAUAUUGGCUCAGAGUACGAAAAUUAUCAAUGAGAAGAAAUAACUUGUUAAAUAAAUUAAAAAGGUUUUAGGCAUAUAUAAUAUGAUAGAUAUAAUAUAGGUAUCAUAUAUAAAUAGUGAUUACAUUGGCCAUUGUAUAUUUUUAAAUUCAAAAUUAAUAUUUUAUUGUUUAAUAAAAAAAAGUUGAAUUUCUUGAUUUGUAAUUAUUGACAUAUAAAUUAUAUUAUAUCUUUUGUCCUUAAAUAAUAUUAGUAUAAAAUAUAUUGGCAUCAGUUCAAUAUAUCUUAUAUUUUUAAAAUGUUUAAAACAUAAAUGUAUUAGGUAUGUUUUAACUACAUAAAUUAUUGACUAUUAAAAAUAUUUGUGAAUUUACUUUUAUUUUCAGUAAAUUAUAGCUUAUAUAAGUCAUUGGGUGUAUAUUAUGUUCAGGACAAUUCUUUUCCUAAAAUUUAGGUUCAUUUCUUUAACUUCAUUAUAUUUGAAUAAAACUAAUUGGAAAGCUAUAAAGCCGUAGCAAUGGAAAUCCUUAUCGAACAAAAAAUUGUCAGCCACUUACAAUAUUAUUAAAAAUAAUUACCAUAAAUCAUAAUA